UGCACUGACACAAGGAUCAACAGAACAGAAGAGAAAGAGAAACAGAGAAACAGAGAGGAGUAAACCAGAGGAUUGUACAUGGCAGAGAUCUACAGUGGGGGGCAGCUGCAGCACUUCAUCGAUGGUUACGAUGUCCAGAGGAGUAACUGGAUGCGUUUCGUAAAUCCGGCUCGAUCCGGUUCGGAGCAGAACCUCGUCGCCUGUCAAAACGGACGUGACGUGUUCUUCUACACACUGCGCCCCCUAGAACCCAACCAGGAACUGCUCGUGUGGUACAGCCCCGAGUUUUCCCAACGCCUGUGCGGAGGCCAGCAAGACCCCAAAAACAAAUGCACUGAUGAAGACAUCGAACCAGAAAAUACCAAACAGUACCUACCUCAAAGAGUGUGGCCCCAGGACCAAACCAAAGACCAGCUCAAGGAAGAAUUCGAAGAGGAGAAAAUCGACGUUGAAAUCUUAGAACGGGACACUCCUCCGGACACUCCUGACGAUCAAGUGAUGGACUUCAGCAAAAAGGAGGAGAGAGAAGAGAGGGACGAGGAACGAGAGGUCAUACCACCCCCCAAACGAGAACAACAAGACCCCGGCCAUGUUUUGAAUCAACAAUACUUAACAGACAGCACUCCAAUCCCGCCAAGAACCUUCCCCCUACAUCUGCACGGACUCUACGGACACAGAGAGGGACUGGUCAAUUCAUAUCCCAUUUAUCCGCAGUCAAGACCUCUGCAGCCAGCUUACCAUCUACUUCCUCCAUAUGGCCCCCACUACCAACGCCUACUUCUACCUUCUUACUCCCCUCCUUUCCCUGGGAUGCUACCUUCAAGAACCCCUCUACGAUACGGCAACUAUUUAGGCACAGAUGGGCUACCGUACCCGCCGAUUGCCACACCCAAUUUGGUCACAAUGCCAUAUUCGUCCUCGCCGCAAGGAGGGUUGAAAGAGCUGACGGCAAACGUGUCGCCCCCUAGAGGUGCACCAGCGACCCCGGAGUUGUCGCCAAUCCCCAAAUCAAACUCACAGCACAUCCAGUCUCCAGAGCAGGCUUCCAUGAAUUGUGAAGAAGCGAUGAAUUUGAGCCUAGCGUCUGCCAAAUCUAACCCAGGACCGAGGAACGGACCUGGGCAUCGAUCGCUGCCGUACCCUCUUAAAAAACAAAACGGGAAAAUCAAAUAUGAAUGUAACGUCUGCAUGAAGACUUUCGGGCAGCUGUCCAAUCUCAAGGUCCAUCUCAGAGUGCACAGUGGGGAACGACCUUUCCAAUGUAACUUAUGUAAAAAGAGCUUCACUCAACUCGCCCACCUCCAAAAACAUCAUCUGGUCCAUACAGGGGAAAAACCACAUGAAUGCCAGGUUUGCCAUAAGCGUUUUAGCAGCACCAGCAACUUAAAAACCCACCUACGUCUGCAUUCUGGAGAAAAACCAUACCAAUGCAAACUGUGCAACACCAAAUUCACUCAAUACAUCCACCUGAAACUCCACCGACGCCUCCACAGUGGCAGAGAUCGCCCUUACCGCUGCCAGAUCUGCGCCAUUGCAUUUUUCCAUCGCUUCUCCCUCAAAAUCCACCAACGCAGCUGCUGUCCGGCUAGCUCAAACGCUCCGGUUAACGUUAGUGUGAAGGAGAUGGUAGAACGGUUCGACGCUAGCCAGGAAGCCGACACGCUAACCGAAACAGCAACCGCGCCACAAGUGGAGGAGGCUGUGGAAAGAUGGUUAGCUCGUACGCUAGAAGGGGAGGGCAAGGAAGACCAGAAAGAGGCUACGAUGCUAAUGAAAACGUUAGCAUCUGUGCUGAAUUCGCCAAUGGGGCAGUCCGUUGUAGCGUCAUCACACCACACACCUAUAAUGGGCUAUCAGGAGCGGGCUAGCGUCGUGCACCUCCAUAAAAGGCCAACUGUUGUAAAGACUGAAGCACAAUGAAAAAUGUAGCAUUGCUAAUGGACUUGUUGCUAGCAUUUGUUGCUAACAAACUGUCGCCAAAUAUGAAGUGGUUUCCGAUGAAGGAACACAAGUCAAGUUAACCAAAACAAGAGCGUUCCAAAGUAUAGGCCAUAGACUUAGCAUUAUUAAUAUAGAUACACAAAAACACAACAUUACAACUAGGCAUCAGAUUGACAACUGGUUUCAAGAACAAAUUGUGAUUGGCACCUGUCCAUCAUUCUCUAUAGUCCAUAGUUGAUGGUCUUGGCCAAUAUUUUUUUUUUUUUUACUUUUAACCAAAAUUGAACAACAAAAAUAUCCAAAACUGUGAAUUGUAAUGUAACUCAGGUAGUGUUUGCUUUUUGUGCUUUAAUUUAUUAUUUUUAUAUUAUUAUUAUUAAUUCAUCUUUUGCAUUAUGUAGUUUAGUUUGUUUAUUAUUAUUUUGUUGAACUCAGGACCAUCUGGUAGUGUACUGUUUGUAUUUUGUCUUUAUGGUGUUUGAAAAAUGAUAUUUAAAAUAUACUGUAUUUUAUUUAUUUAUUAAAAAAAAAAACGAACAAAACAGAAUUUCACUGCAGCAUUUGCCAAAUCGAAUUGAGUGCGUGAAUAACACGUGAAUGUUUAUAACGGUCACAUAUGGAAUGAAUGUAAUUUAUGUUUUUGGCCAUUUCUACAAGUAUUACAUAGAAUUAAUGACCUUAAAUGUGUUAACUUGAAAUUGAAUUAUGGAUUUUUCUCUAGAUUUUCACCAAUGGAACAAGUCAGAUUAUGAAAAAAAAAUGUUGAAAGAAAACAAAACACAUAUUUAUAUUUUUUUUCAAAUGAGUGAAAUUCUACUCAAAAUCAACCCCAAAUUUUCAUUCUAUUUUAAUUUAUUUCUAUUCAAAAUCACAGCUCACCCACUUGAUGAGAUAUGCACUGACAACUUCUAUGUUUUCCUUUCAUUUUUUACUUUGUAUUUAUUAAACUUUAGCUUAACCAAACUAAAGCUGCAUUACAUCUUUCUAGCUUCUUGUUAGCAUAAUUUCAUAUACAUGCUAAUAGCAACUAGCUCUCAGGAAAUAAUGGGAGCCAUUUUGAAGACUUUUGAUUUACAGUUUUGUAGAUUUUUCAAUGUUGUUUGUCCUUUUUUUUGUCAUUGUAGUUUAUUUUUUGAGAUUGUUGAGAUUGUUUAUAUGUGAGAG